AUGCUUGGGAAUAGGAGCAGUGCAAAUGUGUUACUUUUUGGUUCCAGAGAACUGAAGGUACACAUGGAACAUGCAUCUCUCAGCAUUGAAUCAAUGCUUUCCUAUCGGAUUUUACUGACACUGGAUGCUUUAAUGCAAAGCGUGAGGGCUUCCAGCGUCUGGCAACACAGUCAGGUAAACUCCCGGAAUCGCUUCCAGUGGUUGUCUGGUAGACCGCCACUAGAAGGUGUCGAAAUACUGCAAUGUGAACAUGAGCUGAAGUAAUCUGGGUGGCUAUAGUGUCCCAUUAAACAAUAACCAUUCUUGUGAAGGAACAAAGGUGAAAUAUAAACUUUAAGAGUUAUUACAUUUUGGUUGGCCAUUGGAUUGAUUAAAUAGUGUAUCCUUGGGGUCUGAAGUGUGAGAGAUUCCCAGCACAAUGUGAAUCAAGGAGAAAAUUCACAAAAGUUGGAUAGCAGGACAUUGUAAGUAGAUGCUAGAACCAACAAAACCUUAGAGAAAUGCUGGAGGUCAUAGAGUACAUUUGACCUAUGUUAGUUGGGUUCAUAAUACCAGCAACUUCUGUUUGUUUAGUUUUUUUAUUUUAUGUGCAUUUUCUUUGCUAAGGAUGCAUGAAAAGCUAUAGAUUUGCUCUGAUCUAGAUAGAGGUUAUCACCUAGUUUAUCCAAUUUUAAGCCUGUUUUUCAUUCAGGAUCUUCUAACAUGAGCACAGGCAAGUGAAUGUGCAUCAAUAUAUUUCCUUCCAACAGUUCUGUUUAUGAUCCUGACCAGGAAUAAUCUAUAUACUGUUGGGAGUACGUGCUUUCUAAAUCUGAUCUGUUAAGGUAGCAAGACUCCGACUGACAAAGGGAAACCUGUUCUUGUCUUCUAGGGCUACAGGGUGAUUGAUGAAAAAGAUCCUGGAGAUAAUUUGGAAAGCGAGUCAGCCAUUUGUGAGAGGGUAAAAGCCUGGUGCUGUUCAACUACACCUGAGCCAGCCAUCUGUGGAAUAAGUCGUAUCUGGGUGUUUUCAAUGAUGAGGCGGAGGAAAAUUGCCUCCAGGAUGCUUGAGUGUUUAAGGUAAGGAUGUUUGAAACCAUAUACAUGUCAAAUGUCAGCUAAGCUUACUUUUGUACUGCAGGUCUUCACAGCACAGAAUACAUUGUAACGGUAGACUUCUCCAAUGCAUGUUUUUUUUUUUUUUGAUCAGGAUAUAAAAACUAUAAUAAAGGCACCCUUUGUAAUUUACCGCUUUUAAAAGAAUACAUUGAUAAAUAGAGUUGUCCAGAACCAACCAAAAUGUGUUCCCAAAAGGUGAGUUUCCAAGCAAAUCCAUCAUAUGAUUAUUAAGUCAUGACAUGGUUUUAGUUUUAGAGUAUGAGAUAACUGGUAGUUUACUGCACAAAAUAUUUAGUGUUUUAGACUAGACCAGGCCUCUCAUUUGUUCCAGAGUGACAACGGUUUGACUGGAGGAUGCAGUGCCCAAUAAAUGUCCAGCAGAGUAGAUGUGUGAAAUAGUAUUGCGUAUAUUUAUUUUUAUUAGAUAGAGAAAUCUAGGCUGAUUGACCUAAUCUCUAAUAAUAAAAAUUAACUGCAUUUUCUGAGAUUCCUGUAGUUAUUAUAGUUUAUUAUAGUUUAAGAUUGAAAUAAGUAGUGUCUAUAGAUAUUUUUACUAGUAGAGAACAUACUUUCUCAUCAUUGUCCUUAUUUGCUAUAUAUAUUCCAUUGCAACCUACUUUGUGAGAGUAUUGUCUCUUUAAUUUAGACUUUUUGGCGGUAUUUUAUCAUAUUUAACAUUGCUAAUAUCUUAUCUAUUGCAGAAAUCAUUUCAUAUAUGGCUCUUAUCUGAGUAAAGAAGAAAUUGCAUUUUCGGACCCAACACCAGAUGGCAAACUGUUUGCAACACAUUAUUGUGGCACCAGUCAGUUUCUUGUGUACAAUUUUAUCAAUGGACAGAAUCCGAUGAGUUGA